AUGUUAAAUAUUUCAAAUGAUCCUUUCAAUGUGACUUGAAACAGAUACUGCCUUAAAAAACAGAUUAGGUAGCUCUACUUCAAGUUUGUCGAAAAUACAGGAGACAUUGCAGAAAAUAUUCAUGGGGUGGAACAGGAACAUUUCGAGAUAUUAAAGCAUCACCUCAUUUCUUGUGACGAUGUCCGACUCAAAAAGUGAAAAGCCUACAGGCAGAAUAAGAGAGUCGUGGAUUAAAAAUAUCCCUUGAUUAAUCAGUCUUUGUGUAACACUCUCACACACAAGAAAGUGACCAAAGUUCUUCAUGUGUAAAAUAGGCAAAGAAAGUGAAAGAAAAGAAACAAAAACACAAUAAAGCAAUAAAAGCAGGAAUAGAAUUAGGGGGCCUAAUUCUCCAGCCCCCAAGAAUAAAAAAAAAUCAAGGAAAAUAAAUGAGUUUUUAGAAGAGAUUUAAAAUCAUCCAAGCUUCUUGUGGACAUUACGGAUAACAGGAGAUAUAGGAAUAUUGUAGGACAGACUAGAAGUUUGAGGCACAGCAAUCAAUCAUACAAUUUUGUCUUGGAGGAGGUUUCUUGUCUUUAACUCUUUGUGUUAUUUUGUUAUUUUCACAUGCUAGUGAUGCUUGUAUGUAACUUAUCUGACAAAGUCAGAGUUGAAUCUAAAAAUAAUAAUAAGGGGAAAACAAGCAGCAAGCAUGAGAUGAAUGUUUAAGUCUUUUUUUUUCUACAUUUCCCUUCUGUAAAUCUACGACGUAACCAAUAUUUAAGAUGUGACUGGUGUGGUUAGCACAGUGAAAUGCAUGCCGUCCUUUCUUGCCGUGGUUUUGCAGACUUUUGCACAGACUCGGUUGCAAAGUCCUUGCAGAAAGUGAGUCGGGCUGAAGCUGUGACAUCAGAAUAUUAGUAAGUUUAAGAGUGAAUGCACGAGUGAGUGUUUUUUUUUUUUUGGCCAUUGUCUGCAAAGCAAACUUAAAAAAAAAAAAAAAAAAGCCAUGAGAAGUCUGAUGCAGAAGUGAAUGUCACAACAUUUAAAGCGCGUGUCAUCACAGGAAGUUGUGGCCGGUUCCUUUCCUGUUCUUGUGCCUGAGUAGAAGUCAAAGACACGUUCCUUCCUUUUUGUGGGGGUCACACCCGUCAUGCGCACCGCCCAGGUCUGGUGCGCUGCGCCUCUCGUCAGUUGGCAGCUGUCAGUUUGCAAGAUCGGGCCAACUGGGGAUAGAUUAGUAAUUGUAGCUGCACCCGUUGCCGGGCUGCGAAGUUGCUAUUGAACAGGUGUGUGUGACUGCUUGCUUGCGGGAUCAUGGAGAGUGAGCCGGGGAUUGUGUCUCCGUUCAAGCGGGUCUUUCUGAAAGGAGAGAAGGGAAGAGACAAGAAGGCUCAGGAGAAAUCCACAGAGCGCAGGGCCCUCCACACCUUCUCCCUGUCUCAGCCUGACCACCGCAUUGAACCUGACAUUCUGCUUAACGACUACAUUGAGAAGGAAGUAAAAUAUUUAGGGCAGCUGACAUCAGUUCCAGGAUACUUGAACCCAUCGAGUCGAACAGAGGUUCUGCAGCUCAUUGACAAUGCAAGAAAAUCCCAUCAGUUGGCGGGCCAGCUGACAUCAGAGCAGGAUGCAGUUGUGAGCUUGUCUGCGUACAACAUCAAGCUUGUUUGGCGAGAUGGAGAAGACAUCAUCCUUAGAGUGCCAAUCCACGACAUUGCUGCAGUGUCAUACAUCAGGGACGACUCUCUGCACCUUGUGGUGAUAAAAACAGGUAAAAGGAGAACAACGUGUGUUGAAGCUGCAGCAGCAUGAGAUGACCUAUAACGCUGUCCCUGGAAAUACCAAUAUCUUUUUUCUGUAUGUCACAAUUCCUGGCUGCACUUCUAUCCAGUAGAUGGCAGUAAUACGUAGCUAAGCUUUUUUUUUUUUUUUGUGAAUUUCACUUAUUUUUUUUAAAGUUAUAAUAUUUAAAACAGC